GCCGUUUUGAUAUCACUUGACAAGUUACGAAAAUGACGUCACAUGUGUCGUUGGCCCUAUAAGAGGGUGGCGAUUCCAUUGAUUCAUAUUGUGCCGCGCUGCGCAGCGCAAUCUCUAUCCAAUUAUGGGUCGAAUUUAUAGUCCGCAACGUAGUCUGCAUUUACACAAUUGCUAAUCCUCCCUCAUGAUACUGAAGCGGUUCGUUUAAAAAUCACAACUAAUAUAUCUGAUUUAAAUUGACAACUUUUGAAAUUGGCCGUUUUAGCAUUGAAAUGAGGAAUAGGAAUUUAACCGUAGUUAAGUGUAAGUGCGAACUAUAAAUUCGAGUCUAUAUAUCAGUGGUCCAGUAACGACGAUUCUAUCGUACUUCGGAUUGAAUUUAAAGAAUACUCUGACAAGUAAUGAACAAUUAGAUAUCUGUAAUGCCACAAGUAAAACAACUAAGUUUUUGAAUUCAUUCUCCGUGACAUACCGCUAUUAUUUAACUAAUUGCAAGACGAAUGGAGAAACUCAGGUAUAUAAUCGUAAAUUAGAUAAUGAUAGCUAAUUAGACGAGUUCAUAUAUAAUAGAGUUCCAGUAUUUUAUUAAAGUCAUAUUACAAGUAGAGUUCUAAAAGUAGCCAAUAAUGUCACGUAGCGUUGUUGAAAAUCUCAAACGAUACAGCGAAUUCUGCCGAAUAACAAAAGUGUUUGAUCGUAACUUAAAAAUGUUGAAGUACCAUUCGGUGAAGGAUGGAAAGGUCAAAGCAGAAUUUAAUGUCACCGAAGAUCAUCUCGAUAACGAAGGGCAUUUGCAUACAGGGCUGAUAACCACUUUAAUCGAUAUGACAUCCGUUAGGGCACUAUUUACACAUAGAAAUGGAUUUGUGGGGAUGUCCAUUAAUAUUCAUACUUCAUAUUUUCAACCAGCACUUCUUGGAGAUGUGAUAUGUGUAGAUGCUGAAGUAUGUAAGAUUUUACAACUGAUAGGGGCGAUGCCGAUAGCAUUCGUUGAUGUUGAAUUAUCGAAGAAGAAUGGAGUGCAGGCUAAAAAUGUCAUUGCUCGUGGUCAACAUUUAUUGACCACAUUUAAGGAACCGAGCAAGAAUGUAUAAUUGGUUCACCAUCAGCUAGUUCGAGUCGCACCAUUGCCGAAAAAGAAUGAAGCGCUUGCAGAGACGUUGCUGUUUGUAGUCAUUGAGCGUUAUUAUUUUUAUCGCACAGCAGUAUAGAAAAUAAGAAAUAUAAAUAUUUUGUACACCUAAUAUUAUGUGACUAUACAAUUACAGUUUGAAAAAAAUUAUACGUCCAGUCAUUAUGUAAUACCAAUUGAAGUAUUCGGCACACGAUGAUGGACAGUUCAACUGUAUAAUUACUCGUAGAAUAAUGAGACCCGCGAUAUAUUAAACCGUUGCAACAAUUUUUAUCGUGCUCUAGUUCCGUCGUUUUGCCAUGAACUGGAUGAUCUAUUUGCUGUAAUUGGACAAGUGAUAAAGAAUUGCUCACGACUGGGUGGUUUAACGCGCAUGCGCUAAAUUCGGCAGAGCAGCCAACGUUCAUAAAUUCAAAAAACAGGUCAUCGCGAUGCAUAUAAUUUUGACAGCUGUCAGUCAUCUGAAUUUGUCGCCCACCCACCAAAUGACUGCCCUUGUUCUCGAAUUUUAGCGUAUUAGCAUUAAACCAUUCAAGCCGUUAUCAAUUGACCCUACAUGUGUUUA